AGAUGACGUUUCCAGGUGCGCCAGGUUCUGUGGUGUUCGCGGGGAGCAUGUGGGUCCGCUGCGCGCUGGAGUGGGCGCGAACGCCCGCACAGCUACCACCAGGGCUGCUCGCAUCUUGGAGCCGCCACUAUGGUGCGGCCUCUUCCUACUCUGCAUCCACCGAUCCCUCCCGCGUGAGGGCGCUGGUCUAUGGGAACCACGGGGAUCCAGCCAAGGUCGUCGAACUAAAGAACCUGGAGCUUGCAGCCAUGGGAGGAUCAGACGUCCGCGUGAGGAUGCUGGCGGCCCCUAUCAAUCCAUCUGACAUAAAUAUGAUCCAAGGGAACUACGGCCUCCUUCCCAAGCUGCCUGCUGUUGGAGGAAAUGAAGGCGUUGGACAGGUGGUCGCAGUGGGCCCCAGUGUGACUGGGCUAAAGCCAGGAGCCUGGGUGAUUCCGGCCAAUGCUGGUUUGGGAACCUGGCGGACUGAGGCAGUGUUCAGCGAGGAAGCCCUGAUUGAAAUUCCCAGUGACAUCCCUCUUCAGAGCGCUGCCACCCUGGGUGUCAACCCCUGCACAGCCUACAGGAUGUUGGUGGACUUCGAGCAACUGCAGCCAGGGGACUGUGUCAUCCAGAACGCAUCCAACAGUGGAGUAGGGCAAGCAGUCAUCCAGAUCGCCGCAGCCCUGGGCCUGAGGACCGUCAAUGUGGUCCGAGACAGACCUGACAUCCAGGAGCUGACUAACAGACUGAAGGAUCUGGGUGCUGAGCAUGUCAUCACAGAGGAAGAACUGAGAAAGCCUGAAACGAAAAACCUCUUCAAGCACAUGCCUCAGCCACGGCUUGCUCUCAACUGUGUUGGCGGGAAAAGCUCCACUGAGCUGCUUCGGCACUUAGCGCCUGGAGGGACCAUGGUGACAUAUGGCGGAAUGGCCAAGCAGCCUGUCACAGCAUCUGUGAGCCUGCUCAUUUUUAAGGACCUCAGACUUCGAGGCUUUUGGUUGUCCCAGUGGAAGAAGAACCACAGUCCAGAUGAGUUCAAGAGUCUGCUGCUCACACUGUGCAACUUCAUCCACCAAGGCCAGCUCACGGCACCCACCUGCACAGAGGUCCCCCUACAGGACUAUCAACAGGCCUUGGGAGCCUCCAUGGAGCCCUUCGUGUCUUCAAAGCAGAUUCUCACCAUGUGAUCAUCCCAGAAGAGCCAGAGCAGAGCAGGAGGGGACAAGGCCGCGGGGGACAGCCCUCUGCAGACUGCUCUCUGCUC